AUGGAAAGAAAGAAGGAAGGAGUUCCAUGUAUUUUGAAAAGAAAGCAAGGAACUUUGGUGCUUGAAAUUGAAAAUUAUGGAGUUGUGAAUAUUUCAGAUAAAAAAUAUUUACAAAGUAUUUGUGGAUUAAAAAAAAAAAGGAAAGAAAAGCACCAUAAACAUUCCCAUAACAUAACAGAAAAAAAAGAACAAAAGAAAGAAGAGAAGGAAGUUAAUGAAAAGAAAGAAGAAAAUCCUAAAGAAAUUAAUGAAAAAAAAGAAGAAAAUCCAAAAGAAAAUAAUAAGAAGAUUGAAACAAUAAAAGAAAUAGAAACAAUUAAUGAACAAGAAGACAUCCCUAUUGUUAUAGAAACAAAUAGAAAUGAACAAGUUGGAAAUGACUUGGAAGUCAAUCAAGAAAUUCUUGAAACAAAAGAAGAAAAAAGAGAAGAACCAAAAGAACAAGAGCAUAAAGAAGAAAAGAAAAAGAAAGGAAAACCAAUUCCAAGAGAUCCAAAUAAACCGGUUCGUGCUAAACCAAAUACAAAAGCAGAUAAAAAAGUCCAAUUUGAAAUUGGAGAUACAUUACCAGAAGAAACUUUACCUCAAGAUGAAGAAGAUGAAGAGGAACGAGUUAAUUAUGUUGCACAAAGAGGAAUGUUAACAAAUGGAACAAAUGAUAUUGAAUUAGAUAGAGAAAUUGCUAAAGGUUAUCUUUAUGUUAAUACAGGAAAAUUAAAAGAAGCAAUAACACAUUUUGAUCAAUUAUUAAAAAAUCAUCCAAAUGUACUUGCAGGAUAUCUUGGAAGAGGAAGUGCUAAAGCAAUGUUAGGAGAUCUUCAAAAAGCAUUAACUGAUUUUAAUCUUGCUGUAAAGAAAGAUAAUAAAUGUGGAGAUGCUUAUAAAAGAAGAGGACAAGUUAAAUUAGCUCUUGGUCAAACACAAAGUGCAUUAGAAGAUUUUAAUAAAGCAAUAGAAUUAACACCAGAAGAAGGUGAUUGUUAUAGACAAAGAGGGUCUGCAUACCAUGCAUUAGGUAUUUUUGAUAAAGCAGCAGAAGAUAUUAAAAAAAGUAUAAAACUAAUACCAGGUGAUGCAACUCUUUUAAAUGAAUUAGCAUUAUGUUAUAAUGGAAUGGGACUUGUUGAUGAAUCAAUUAAUACAUAUACAAGAGCAAUUAAUACUAAAGAAGAUUAUGUUGAGCCAUAUAUUCAUUUAGGACAAUUAUAUAGGGAUAUUGGAUGUUAUGUUCGUGCAAAACAAUUAUUGGAAAAAGCAAUGAAACUAGCACCAACAAAUCAUUUAUCAUAUUAUGUUAUGGCUAAUGUAUUAGCAUCUGCAGGAAGACAUAAAGAAGCUUUACCAUUACUUAGUAGGUCAUUAUCAAUAUGUCCACCAGAAAGAACAGGAGAUAUUCAUAGAUUAAAUGCAACAGCAUGUUUAGCAUUAGGAAUGAAUAGAAGUUGUUUAAAGUCAGCAAAGUUAGGAUAUGAAGCUAAAGACAAUGCAUCAUGGUAUUUUGGAGAAAUAGCAAAAUACCAAGCAAUGAUGAUAGAUAAACCAUUUUUAGAAUAUGAUUUAGAAUGGUUCCCACCACAAUGGAAAGUUAAUUUUGCUAAACGACUUCCAAUUGGUAAUGUUAAAAAAUAUCCCCCUGGAAAUGUUCCUCUUCAAAUUACCACUGAAGAUAUUGAUACUAAAACAACUGUAAAACAAGAAUUAGUUAAAGACUUAUUAAUCCCAGCUAUAAAAGUUGGUGAUAAAAUGCAAUAUAAUGAACUUGGAUUUGGUAAAAAUGGAAGACAAUAUUUGGCAUGUGGCUUAGGUGCUAUUUGUAUUGCUCAACUUCUUCAAACAAAACAAAUGGGAUGGAGGGAAAUUGCUGAAAUUUUAGUUAAAUUUAGACAAGUGGCUGAACCUGCUGAUGGAGCUAUUUGGAUUGAUAAACUUCCAAGACAACAAUUUGAAGAAGGUUUUGGAUCAAACACAACAUUAAAAACAGCUCAAACAAGAGUUGCCCGUUAUUGGCCAAUGUUUCCACGUACUUUUGGAUUAUUUAAGAAAUUAUUUGAAGAAGAAAGUGGAGCUUCUAAAGAAAAGAAACAACUUGUUGCAAAAGCAGAGACUGUUGAUGAAGUUCAAAAAGUGUUAAAGAGAGAUAAUUUCUUUAUGACAACAAUUUGUAGAAAUGAAGAAGGAACAAGAUUAGAAGGUACUUGGUUAUUGAUUGAGAAAGUUGAAUUAGGAAGUAUGUUUUCUAUCAAAACACCAUGUACUCCUAAAAGAUAUAAAAUAUUUGAUGUUGAAUUGAAAAAAGCUCUUGACAAAUAUUAUACUGUUCAACACUCUGAUGAUCAAGACAAAAUCUUGGAUGCAGUUCUUCGAUUUUGUUAUUUAUGGUUUAAUUUUAUGCCUUUGACUAGAGGAACUGCUGGGUGUGGUAUGUAUUGGAUGUUUGGACUAUUACUUAGUGCUGGAUUUAAACAAGUUGGAGUUAUUCCUAAAGGAUUUCAAUGUGAUUGGGAAGCUUUAUUAACAGAUAACCAGAAUGACUAUAUUACAAAAAUGAAGUCGUGGAUAAAGUUAGAGAAGUGUUCAGUCAAUGAAAUGCCAAAUGUCCUUAAUUCUUUACCUCGUUUAAGAGAUAUGUUAAUGGCAUUAAAUAUUUCUCCAUUACUUGUUCCAUUAAGUUAA